UUAUUACUGUGCCGUUAUUUUUCAUUUUCCAGCUGUUCCAGAUCCUUCUAUAGUGAACAAACGCAAACUUUUUGUUUCCAUUUUAACCCUUCGCCACGUCACACCUCCAUACCGGAAUACAAGGAACUUCUUACCUCCUUCCAAACUAUGGCAAAUUUGAUAAAUACCCUAAAAAACGAGCCCAAAACGAAUAAAUCUCUAACAACCCUUAUAAAACCCUAACUACCACACUCUCAUCUUCAACUUCAUAACUCUCACUGUCAUCCAAAAAUGGCAUCAUCUCGCUACGAACUCGAUCUGAAUCUCACAUCAGCAAAAUCACUCAAGAACGUCAACUGGCGCCACGGCGCUAACCAACCAUACGCCGUCGUUUGGGUUGAUCAAGUCAAUAAAUUCACAACCAAUGUAGACCCAAAUGGCGACACCGAAGCUGAAUGGAAUCAACCACUUAUCCUUCCUUUACCACCAAAACCAUUCGAGGAUCUCACUUUAUACAUCGACGUCGUUCACGCUGGAUUUGAAGAAGAUACAAAGAAACUCAUCGGCUCGGCUCGGCUUCAGCUUGUUGAUGUUCUUGAAGUUGGAAUCGGCGAGCGUGUGAAUCGCACGCUCACAUUGAAACGACCUUCUGGAAGACCACAAGGAAAGGUUGACGUUAAGGUGGGGGUUAGAGAGAUUGGUUAUCAUGCACAUGGUGCGAAUUAUCCUCCUCCUUAUGGUGUUCCACCUCCAGAAUCAAAUUCGCGGGAUUAUUCCUCUGCUUCGUCGGUGUAUGGUUACCCAUACGGUGCUCCUCCUCCACCUCAGCAACAAGGAUCGUAUUAUCCUACGGCACCGUACCCUCAAACAGCGUCGUAUGGUUCGCAAACGGUGUCGUAUGGACAAGGGGGUAAUUAUGUGUCACAAACGACGGCGUAUGAGCAAGAAGGUAAUUAUGGGGAAACGGCGUCGUACGUAAAAGUGGAGGAAAAGAAGAAGAGUAAGUUUGGUGGGAUGGGGACGGGAUUGGCUGUGGGUGCGGUUGCUGGGGUACUUGGUGGAAUCGCAUUGGUGGAAGGUGCUGAGUAUGUUGAAGAUAGGAUUGCUGAUGACGUGGCGGAGAGGAUUGAGGAUGAUCUUGGUUACGAUGAUGAUUUCUAGAGAGGGAUGUUAAUAUUUGUCGAUUGUCAAUCCAAUAAGCUUUUGUUUGUUUUUAAUUUCGGUUGAGUUAUGUUUUAUUGUUUCCUACUUCUACGGGUAGGAUGGUGUUAUUAGCAUUUCUACAAAUAAUAAAGAAAUAUCUCCUCCUCACGAAA